GCAACGUUACCUGCUUUCCUGGAAGGUAUUUAAAAGAUGACAAAUGUGAUCCUUUGUUCCCUAUUGCAAGGAAUAUUCGAUAUAACUUGGGCAUCUUCAUAACAAAUCAGACAAGACUAUGGAAGGAAACAGAACAAAUCUUAUUAAGAUUGUUAGAAGAUAUUGUCAAAAAUCAUUCAGUUGGCAUAACAAAUCUACUUAUUCUUAAAUAUAAACAAUUCUCGAAGUCUUUUAACUUUGGAGGUCCGUCGGAUUCAAAGAUGAUAACUUAUGUUGCAUUUGAUUUGUUUAUUAAAUCAAAUAUUAAUCGAAAUGACCUUGAACAGUCGCUUCUAAACAUAGCACAGAAAAGCAGCGAUAAACGAAGCAUUGACAUACGUUUAGCUUCAUCUUUGCCUGAGCUACUUAAUUCUGUUUUAGCGGAUUAUGAUUUCAAAAAUGAAUCUCACUGUUGGACAUUUGAGGAAAAUAGAGACUAUUUAGAAAAAUACGAGAGGUAUGCAUCGACAAAUAUUCAGAAGCAAAUAUUCUGUCCGCAAUUGGAAUUGGAAUUUGAUCAGUUUGAUAUAGACGGGUCUUCUUUACUAAUAACUAAACAUAAUAUAAAAAUUCCUAAAGACAAAUUUCUAAUGGAUUCAAAUUACAAAAUAAGGGUUUGUGUUGAUGAUUUUUCUUCGUUUUUGUCGAAGAAGUCUAUAAAAUCGUCCACAGAAUAUGCCCUAGAAAUAACGACAAUUGUGUGUACAUGCGUUUCUCUGUUUUGCCUGCUAUUAACAUUUAUUACCUACAGUCUUUUUCCAUUACUACGAACAUUGCCUGGCAAAAAUAAUAUGUGUCUAAUACUAUCCCUUUUCAUUGCACAAGCAUGUUUGCAAUUCGGAACAAUUUGGACAAAUCGUCUAUUCGUCUGUGCAACCAUUGGCGUCAUCCUUCAUGUAUUUUGGUUGGCAACUUUUGCCUGCAUGAAUGUCUGUUCAUAUCAUAUGUAUUCUGUGUUCACCAUUUUAAAAGCUACUGCAAGUUCGUCUGAGAAUACCAAACUAUUUUGUAAAUAUUUAUGCUAUUCAUUCGGGACACCUCUCUCUAUAGUUAUUAUUAAUAUAAUCAUUCAUAUUGUUCUAUCAGGUGGAACGAAGAUUGGUUAUGGUGAAAUAAAUUGCUUUAUUUCUGGUCAUAUUCCCAAGCUUGCUGCGUUCAUAUGUCCAGUGGCUGUCAUCUGUGUUAUCAAUAUAUGGUUAUUUGGGUUCACGGCUUACAAAAUUUACAAUCGACCUGUCAUUCAGAGCACAGCUAACACUAAACAUGACUUUUUUGUAUAUAUUAAACUUUUCUCGCUAACCGGAAUUACCUGGAUCGGGCAAAUAAUAGAUUCAUUUGUUCCUUUAUCAUUGUUCUCUUUUGUUGUGACAAUACUUACAGGUUUACAAGGGUUAUUUAUAUUUCUAAGUUUUGUUUGUAACAAACGAGUUAUCAAAUUGUUUUUGGAAAUUUUCAAUGUGAUCAGAGAGAACAAAGGCGGGAAAGUAGCAGAUCCAUUAUCAAAAACAGAUAGCAAUCCUUACCCUAAUUCGAGUACAUCUAUUACAUCUGACAGAAAUCGUCCUCCGUAAGGGUUUCACAGCACAGUAGUCAACUCUUUUGUGUUGACAUGAUUUAUUAUUCAUAUGGUUAUAUUCAUAAAUUUGCUGUUAAUAAAACUUUAAUUAUUCGAAUUACAAAGGAUUUGUUUACCCCCAGAAUAGAU